AUGGCGGCGGCGGGCAGGGCGGUCGGACCGGGGGACGCAGAGCAGCGCGGCGGCGAGCGGCCCGCACCCACGGCGGCGGCGGCGGCGCGGGGCACGCCGGGAGAGCGAGUCCGCCCGCCCCGCGACUACAGCUCCCGUCAGGCACCGCGGCGGCGCCUACCAACAGCGGCGCCGCGGGGGGACGGGACGGGACGGGACGGGAGGCGGAGGCGGAGGCGGAGUCGCGCGCCCCACGGCCUCCCCCGGGGCGCAGAGUGCGCUCUGCCGCCAGAGAGCGCUACUGCUCUCAGUGCUUUUUUCCAAGAAACAAACAUCCCCUACAGCCACCACCAUCAGAUGAUGUGCACUCCUGCCAACACGCCGGCCACGCCGCCCAACUUCCCAGACGCCCUCACCAUGUUCUCCCGCCUCAAGGCCUCCGAGAGCUUCAACAGCAGUAGCCCCGUGGCCUCCAUGGCAACUUCCCCGCCGCCCCCGGCCCCGCCGCUGCCCCAGCAUGGGGCCUUCAACCCCACCUGGCCCGCAGCUUCGCCCCCCGGCCAGCAGCAGAGCAUGUGGACUCCAGCCCCCUCGGCGCAGCCCGCGGGCUGGCCAGCCGCCGUCUCCCAGCAGGCCACGGCAGAACAGAAGGCUAACGUGACCAUGGAGGCAGAGAGAUGAGGCCGCAGCAGAAAGCAAAUGCGGCGGGGACCCCUGCCUAUAAAUAUAUAUAUAUUUUUUUCUUUUUCCCCCCCUCCCCGAAGAGGAGAGGAACUCUGCUGCCAGGGUGUCUGGCAGCCGCCAAGACACAUGAGCAAAUAGCUGCCUUGCAUGGGUUUGGUUUGAAGUAGUUUUUACUUGUCCUCGAGCUGAACAGAGCUCCCCAGAGACAGCGGGAGGCUGCGUGGGAUGCAGGACCAGUGCUGGCCUCUGCCUGGGACCCGGCCACUGCCGGGCUCUUGGGGAGGGAGCACCCCCUCCUCUCUUGGGACACCGGAGUUUGCAUGCGAGUGACAUUUACGGAGGAGGUCCCUUCUUCAUGGUCCCCUGGGCCACCCCACCAGGCAGAGUGGGUUGUGCCCGAGUGUUUCCCCCCAUCCCUUGGUCCCACUCGACUGGGUGCGGGGCAGACACCCCACACAGCUUGUUUUUGUAAGGGGGGGGAGAGAGCAAGGGCUGUUCUGCUUGGCCACAGCCUCCACCCCGCAUGUGCCGUGCUCGCUGGUGAGCAGGGCUGGGGGACACCGGCUCCCGGGGAGGCGCCUGGCCCCUCGCCCAGCCCCGGUGAUGGGCAGCAGGGAGUGACCCACCGGGCCAGCACAUGCUCCCCUCGACCUCCUGGGAUGGGGUUUGCCCCGGGGCUGUUUGCAUGACACAGUGUAACCCUAGAGACUGGGAUGGUUUUUAACCCCUCUGUUCUUUUCUCCUGGCGGCUGGAAGUCUCUCUGGAUGCACCGCAGCCGCUUGCAAUACAUGCUCUUCUGCUUUGAA